GCGAUUUUCCAACGCUUGCAGUCAUCCGAGACAGUUUUCGAGAGGAAAAGACGAGAAAGUGGCAGUCCAAGUCGCCACAAUCCCAAGCGUCAAUCAGAGUGACAUGGCCGAGCCGACGACGGCGGGACGUACGAACAGCACCUCGAGCGUCAACAGAUAUUCCAGUCGGGAGAGCGACGUCGUCGAGUUGAAGACGCGCGGCGGAAGUAUUCUAGGUAUCAAGAUAAUCGGCGGUCGCAGUGUCACCGGCCUUGACUUCGGCGUCUUCGUUCGCUCAGUUCUCGACGGCGGCAUCGCGUCCGAAGACGGUCGACUCUGCACUGGCGACCAGCUGUUGGAGGUAAACGGCACGAGUCUGAUCGGAGUCACCAAUGAGCAGGCUAUUGACGUUUUGAAGACGAGCGCGAAGUCGAAUGCGGUUCGACUGCUGGUGGCGAGAGACGAGGCUGCACAGAAGGAUUACAAACGACUGAUUGCUUCGACUAGCAAUGGACUGCCUCCUCGUAGACAAGCCACCCAGCCACCUCCCAUGCCUCAGUCGUUGAACAGUUCGACUGUCAGUCCGACUAGUAUUGUUACUAAUGACGACAGUCCGAGUCGGGUGCAGUCACACGAUGACUUUGGCUUUAUCAAUGGUACUGCAAAUACGAGUCACGAGGACACUGAUAUAUCAACGAGGACAGACUUUGCGAGACAACUGAGUAGUCAGUCUAUUGAUAGUAGGGAGAGGAUGCCUAGUCCUACUCCACAGGUCAGUAAUGAAGCUGACUACUCGAGAGAUCUCAAUCGGCUUAGAAUGGGUGGGCAACACGUACCGAUGUUAAAUGGUCCAGUGAGCAGCUCGCCAGAUGCGGCAGUAGGACUGAAGAGCGUCUCACCCGAAGUUGCACGAGUUCCGAACUACCAGACUGACACGGGUGACACGUAUGCAUCGAUAUUGCCGAGAAAAGACCGGCUACACAAGGACGGUCUCGUGUCGUCUCAACAAGCUGUGGAGGCCAAUGCGAACAACGGAAGUUAUAUUCCAAAGAGUCUUGGACGAACGAUGACAGCAACGUACACGAAUGGCGAUACAACGGUGGUGUCACCCAUUCAGUCGGUAGCAGACACUGCAAGUGUGCAGUCAAGUGGUCCAAUCACGUCAUAUUCGGAAAGCCGUGCAGCAUCGAGCAGUGAAAGUAGCGUAAUGAAACCAAUACCGUAUAAGGAUCACGUGUUAUUACACAACAAAGUACCGAGUUCCCCAUCCGGACGGAAGCUUCCACAGCCAAAUGUUCUAUCCAGUUUGUCCUCAUCGACUCCUCCGCCUGAUUCAGGAUACGCCACGAUCGGUUCGGUCAUAAGUGGUACAAAGGUUGGGUCUGCGAACCAGAAGCUUUCUGGUCAGUCUUCGCCUGAAGUGGAUUUGAAGUUACCGGGAGAAGUUUUGUAUGUGACAAUUCGUAAGAGAAAAGGAUUGGGAGUGAGUGUGAUUGGUGGAACUGACCAUCAAGAGGGACCUCACAUCUACGUUGAGAAUGUUGUUGACGAGUUGGAUGCCUUUCACGACGGUAGUCUUCGUGUUGGUGAUAUUCUUGUAUCUGUCAAUGGCGAGUCACUGAUCGGAGUCAAACUUCAGGAUGCACAGGCAGUUUUAACAAAACUUCGACUGAGGAGUCAUCCGAAGGAAGUGAGGAUUGGUUACGUACGUGGUCGUGGCAUAAGUCAACGGAGCAGCUUGCACAGUAGCCAGAGUAGCUUGAGUAGUGCUAAUCCUCUCGGCAGCGUGAGCAGUCUGACUCGAACACCAAGUGACACUCCAAUCAUCGGACCACCACGUGCUCGAAGCGAUUCGAAUCCAUACUCUAGACACACCCGGGAAAUCGCCACUCAUUACGAUGGACCCAACAGAAGAAAACAAGGAAGUCACGAUUCGGCCAUCGUUGGCAGUGAAAGUCCAGAAACUCCGAUCAGCCACAACCAACGAGACUGUAGAAGUUUUCCAUCAGGUGACUCGGGUGUGUUUGAUCCACAGGAAUCGAUGCCCAGGAGCCUCAGCAGUUCAAGGCAAAAAGAGUCACUAAAAGACCCACAGUCAGUACUGAGUUCUCCAUCCAUGACCAGUUCUCUAGGAUCGGUCCAUCAUCGCUUAUCUAUCGACCCAGAAUGUAAACUCAAAGUAGAGAAGCUCGAAGUCGCUCUGAGAUACCUCGGCAUCGAACCGUCCGAAGACCAACAGCAAUUACUACGGGCAAACCUACACGUUGACUCUGCAGGAGAAGUAAUCUAUUCUGAGUUUGUAGACGUAGCUCGCCAGUUGUUUUCUUUCCAAAUGGACGAGAGAGCAAUGAACAUGGACGCUAUGUUUUACGCCACACAAGUAGAAGAAAAUGAGCUACCACCACUUCUCGAGCUACACAAUUAUUCUUCCGACGCGGACACCGAGGCAAGCGAACGAGAGCUGAGGAGGCGUAUUGCUGAGCAAGCCGUAAUACAGCAUCAGAGAUUGACUCGCGAAUCUUUGAGUAAAUCGCCUCGCGAACGUUCGAACACGGUACCCGCCGCCGUCGGUCUUACCACCACGGACAGACACCGAAAGGAUAGUCACGACAGAGACAUAGAUAACCAUUACAUAGAGAGAUUACGAAAGGAAAGGGACGCGGCUCUCAGAGAGAUAGAACGUCUGAAGUUACAGUACCAGGAGAAGAGUCAGGAUCUUAAUGUAGUUGAGCAAGAGAAUAAACGACUAAGAAAAGAUAAGAAGAAAGAUGCCAGUGAGUUAGAGGCCGUCAAGAAACGUCUCCAUUUGGCCGAGACGGCGAGGAAGCAGGCACGGAACAUGGAAAUCGAUUAUAAAGUGGUUAUUCAAGAUUUGAGAAAGGAAGUAGAUGAGCUGAGAGCAAGUGAAUCAGAGGGGACUGCUGAGGACUUUCAACGACGUUGUGCCGUGCUGCAGUGCCAAUUGAAAAAGGCCGAGAUGAGUAAGCGUUCGUACGAAGUCGCUACCGAACGGCUAUUGAAGUUUGCACAAAUGGCACACGAAGUCCUAACCGAAGCCGCCUUACAGGGCAACGGCUCCAUAGUGAUACAUCAUGAGAGAGGGUCGGGAGAGCCUCUGCGAAGAGGCGAUGCCGUGUCAGGAAAUCCUCGUCCUCCUUCCUAUCUCAGUCGCCGUGCACGUCAGACUUCCGUUCGUUUGGCACAGGAAGCUCAAGAAACGGUGGCAUCGGUCAAAGCUCUAGUAGACGACGAACCGCUUCCGUACGGGUGGGAAGAGGCGUACACUCCAGAUGGACUGAAAUAUUUUAUCAAUCACAUAUCACAGAUGACGACCUGGAUUCAUCCAGUGACAAAUGUCAAUCACAGCGAGGCACCUUCGUCUCUGCCUCCACAUCUACGGGAGACAGUGGCUUGAGUCGUAUAUUUAUAUAUAGUUGAUAUCAACUGUGGUAGGAAGUCAUGCAACAGGAAUCUUGACCGCUUCUUGUCAGACUGCAGUUACAGCAUGUAAUCACUGGUUCAUAUUAAGACAGUAUUUGUUAUCUUGUUCUUGUAACUUUUUCAGGCAAAUGCUUUUAUAAUGUUGAGUUUCCUAGACUAGGCAGUGCACACGUUACUGCUAAUAAUGACGGUUAUGUAGGUAUCUGGAGUUUCUGUUGUACUGAAUACAUUUAUACCUACUAGGAAAGCUG